AUGGGAAUCCUUAAUGAAGAAACCUUAAGCUCUAACACCAAAACCCAAAUUGUUGUUGAUGAUGAUAACGAGUUGGGGUUGAUGGCCGUGAGACUAGCCAAUGCCGCAGCCUUUCCAAUGGUUCUCAAAGCUGCCCUCGAGCUCGGUGUCUUUGACACUCUCUACACUGCCUCGGUGUUCCUCUCACCUUCUGAGAUAUCAAGUCGACUACCAACCAUUCCUCGUAACCCCGGAGCUCCGGUUUUGCUGGACCGGAUGCUUCGUCUACUCGCUAGUUACUCCAUGGUCAAAUGCGGUACGGUCCAAGCCGGAAAGGGGGAGAGGGUCUACAGAGCUGAGCCAAUUUGUAGGUUCUUCUUGAAAGAUAACAUUCAAGAUAUUGGAUCCUUAGCUUCUCAAGUCAUUGUCAAUUUUGACAGUGUCUUCCUCAACACCUGGGCACAGUUGAAAGAUGUGGUGCUUGAAGGAGGAGAUGCAUUUGGUCGUGCACAUGGUGGCAUGAAACUCUUUGACUAUAUGGGCUUCAAAGAUGUGAAUGUGUUGGUUGAUGUUGGAGGAGGAGUUGGAAACACCCUUGGCGUUGUUACUUCUAAGUAUCCCAAUAUUAAGGGUAUCAACUUUGAUCUCACUUGUGCCUUGGAACAAGCACCUUCCUACCCUGGUGUAGAACAUGUAGCUGGAGAUAUGUUUGUGGAUGUUCCAAAGGGAGAUGCCAUGAUCUUGAAACGUAUACUUCAUGAUUGGACCGACGAAGACUGCGUAAAGAUUCUUAAAAAUUGUUGGAAAUCACUUCCUGAAGAUGGUAAAGUGGUUGUCAUAGAACUAGUCACUCCUGAUGACGCUGAGAAUGGGGACAUCAAUGCAAACAUCGCCUUUGACAUGGACAUGUUAAUGUUCACACAAUGUUCUGGUGGGAAAGAGAGGUCACGUGCUGAGUUUGAAGCUCUAGCCGCUGCUUCUGGCUUCACUCAUUGCAAGUUCGUUUGUCCCGCUUAUCACUGCUGGAUCAUUGAGUUCUGUAAAGAAAAUGUGUAAAAAUACAAAAACUAAAUCCUCACGUGAAGUUAAUCUUUUGUUCAAUUGUUUGUUUGUAAUGAGUUAAUGAUCACACCUCUCUCUUUGUCUUGGAGCAAUAUGAAAUAAGA